AUGUUGGGAAGCCCGUCGAACAACGGCGGCGUCAGGAUGCUGAGCCCCGGGGCUCCGAGCGACGACCGGCGGGUGGAGUUCGUGGCUCUCACCGCGGUGCACACGGAGCGGAGCGAGCCGUCCAGCCCGGAGCGCGCACCCCCGUCCCACCGCACCGGGCUGCUGGGGACCCCCCGGCCGGGACCCCCGGGACCCCGGGGCCACGCCGCCGCCUCCAACAAGCGCUACAGGAAGCUACAGAACUGCCUGUACAACGUGCUGGAGAGGCCGAGAGGAUGGGCGUUCAUCUACCACGCGUUCAUUUUUCUGCUGGUCUUCAGCUGCCUGGUGUUGUCUGUGUUCUCCACCAUCCCGGACCAUCAGAAGUUCGCCAACCAAGGCCUCUUCAUCCUGGAGUUUGUGAUGAUUGUAGUGUUUGGGUUGGAGUACUUCAUCAGGGUCUGGGCCGCUGGCUGCUGUUGCCGAUACCGUGGCUGGCAGGGACGGCUGAGAUUUGCCAGAAAGCCCUUCUGUGUCAUAGACUUCAUAGUGUUCGUGGCGUCAUUGGCAGUGAUCGCUGCGGGCACGCAGGGCAACAUCUUCGCCACCUCAGCCCUGCGGAGCAUGCGCUUCCUGCAGAUCUUGCGUAUGGUGCGUAUGGACCGAAGGGGAGGCACCUGGAAACUACUGGGCUCAGUGGUUUACGCUCACAGUAAGGAGUUGAUUACAGCCUGGUACAUUGGUUUCCUGGUCCUCAUCUUCGCCUCCUUCCUCGUUUACCUGGCAGAGAAAGAUGUCAACUCAGAUUUCAACACCUAUGCAGACUCCCUCUGGUGGGGGACUAUUACUCUCACCACUAUAGGUUACGGUGAUAAGACGCCUCGUACGUGGCAGGGACGGCUCCUGGCUGCAGGCUUUGCUCUCCUGGGAGUCUCCUUCUUUGCCCUGCCGGCUGGAAUUCUGGGGUCAGGUUUUGCCUUGAAGGUUCAGGAGCAGCACAGACAGAAGCACUUUGAGAAGAGGAGGAUGCCUGCUGCCAACCUGAUACAGGCUGCGUGGCGUCUCUACUCCACCGAUGCCAAACACUCGUAUCUCACAGCGACAUGGUACUUCUAUGACAGCAUGUUGCCUUCGUUCAGAGAACUGACUCUUCUGUUCAGUCACCUCCAGCGACAGCGUAGCACCAAGAAGGUUCUCCACAACUCCUACCACACGCUGCUGUCUGGGCUGCGGCCCUACAGCUCCCCCUACCUGUCGGGGGACAGGAAGGCAGAAGCUCCAUGCAGUCAACUUCUUUCUAAAAAGCGGGGUCUCUUCCGGAUUCACGCUGGCCGCAAGCAGAGCAGUAAAAUGGGCUUCCGGGAUCGUAUGAGAAUGAACAAUUCUCGAUCAUCCCAAAAUAGUCGGAACAAGGCAUCGCCGGUGCCCCCGGGCUCCGGGGUCCGACGCUCUCCCAGCCAGGAGAACGUCCCCGAGGCCACCAGUCCGGGGAAGGUGCAGAAGAGCUGGAGCUUUAAUGAUCGCACACGCUUCCGCACCUCACUUCGCCUCAAACCACGACCUCCUGCUGACGUGGAGGGGGUUGGAGAGGACAGCGUGGAAGACAAACCGUAUUGUGACGUUGCAAUGGAGGAGGUCAUCCCGGCCGUGAAGACGCUUAUACGAGCUCUCAGGAUCUUGAAGUUCCUCGUGGCCAAGAGGAAGUUCAAGGAGACGCUGCGUCCUUAUGAUGUGAAGGACGUCAUAGAGCAGUACUCUGCGGGACACCUGGACAUGCUGGGCCGCAUCAAGAGUCUGCAGAUGAGGGUGGACCAGAUAAUCGGACGAGGAGCCGUUCAGACCGACAAGAAGACACGCCCAGAGAAAGGAGAGAAGACACCGCCAGAACUGGAUCCACUGGAUGAGCUAAGCAUGAUGGGACGUGUAGUCAAAGUAGAGAAACAGGUUCAGUCCAUAGAGAACAAGCUGGACCUCCUGCUCAAUUUCUACACCCAGUGCCUAAAGAAAGGCUCGUCCAACUUCACCCUGUCCUCCCUCCUGGACCCCGACCUCACCUCCGACUACCACAGCCCCACGGACCAAAGAGACCUCUUCCCCUCCGCCUCCACGCUCAACAUCUCACGGUCCGAUACCGGCAACUUGGAAUGA